AUGCCUCAAUGGCAUGCGUAUCAUGUCGGGAGAUGCGAUGGCGGUAAGCCCAAAUGCUCCAGCUGCAUGAACAAGCACCGCGAAUGUCGAUACCAGGCCGUAGACAAGAGAAAACUCCCCCUCCGCGUUGCCAUAGAGCUUCUAUCAAGCAGAGUCGAACAGCUCUGUCUCUUCAUUCGCGAAUGUGGAUUAGAGGCCCCGCCUAUGCCGCAAGAAAAGGACGCAGCUUUGGCUACAGUCCUUGAUGUUCUUGGCUUGACUGGAAUCCAUUCAUCUGCAGGAAUCAAUCAAACUAACAUCAAAUUCCCUAAUCCCAAUUCCCCAUCCGCAGUCGAUGAUCUGCCUUCUGAUCUGCCUUCUGAUGUGCCAAAUUCUGUGCCAUUAUCCGCUCCUGGUGUAGCGAAUGAUUUAAUUAGCACUUGGGCUCAGACAUCGACAUCCCCGGACAACACAUCGGAAAAGUCUCAGUCGAAUUUUACAAUGCUUUCAGACCCUCAUGCCGUGUCGACACUCCCCAUGGUCCUCGAUACCGAAGAUUUGGAUAUCUCCCUUGCAGAACAGUAUCCACCAACGGAUGAUCACUCGGAUAAUUCCUUGGCCAACUGGGACUGGACCUUAGAAUUUGGAACAUGCAUUACACCACCAUCCCCAGAAAUCCACGACAUUGGCAUAGAACCACCACAGCUACCAGAGGGGCCAUUGGAAGGGGCAGCUGAGCCCUUUGGGCCUGCCGUCGUUCAAACCCCAUCCAGCCUCGACAACGAUACCAGGAGCACAGAAGAAAUUGAAGAUCUUAUUGACGAGCUUUCUGAUCGGAUGGGCACAUUGCGCUUUGGCCCUGGAGGAAAAGCCCGCUUCUAUGGCCCGACAUCGACCUUCAACCUUGCCGAUGCUCCAAUAUCUAUCAACACUCGGACACAUCGUACCCUUGAUUAUCUCGACGACACAGACUAUGACAGACAAGUCCCAUUAUCUCUCGAGGAGCAUCUUCUUAAUCUCUAUUUUGCCUGGCAAGAUCCAUCGUUCCAUGUCGUCGACCGAGAAUUGUUCGAGAAAGGAAAGACAGCCUGGGGUGGGAAAGAAGAGACCCCGUUCUAUUCCGAGGCACUCUGCUAUGCAAUGUGCUCUCUCGGCGCUGCUUUUGAAACCCGUUAUCACCCAUCCUUUGUGACGUUCCCGAAGUCUCUCGGUGAAUUCUUCGGAGACCGUGCAAAAAAGCUACUUGAAGUUGAACUAGACUCACCAUGCGUGGCAACAGUCCAAGCACUAGUCAUCUUAAGCAGCUAUGAAAUUGGUGUGGGCUCAGAUACACGUGGAUGGCUCUACAGUGGGAUGGCCCUUCGACUUGCUUUUGACCUUGCCUUGCAUAUUGACCUAUCUCCUCAUGUUGCUCGUGGGUCUGUUACCGCUGCCGACGCUGAACUGCGUCGGACCGUAUUCUGGGCUGCUUAUAUGGUGGAUCAUCUUGUCGGCUUCUACCUUGGUAGACCUUUUUACACCAACAUGGAGGAUGUUACAGUCAAAAAGCCGAACAAUGACGUCGACUAUCGAGAACCUUGCAAAUGGACACCCUACGCAUCUCCCAUUCCAUUUGACAAUAAUUCGGGGUUAUUUGACUGCGUCGGGGCUGUCAGUCAACAGGAAAUCUCACUAUGUGAGCUUAUGGCACCCUGCGGCUACUUUCUGUAUGGAACAUCAUCUAUUCCAAGAGCCUUGCUCCAACAACUCAAUGAGAAUAGUGUUGCCAAGCUUCUCAGUUGGAAAUCUCAGUUGCCUUCAUAUUUACAAAUCGACCUCAACGAUCACACUUCUCCUUAUCUCCCGCAUGUGUUGCUACUUCACAUGCAAUAUUACCAGAAUCUCAUCUACACCCAUCGACCCUGGAUGUCAAAAGGCUACCUACAACCACAACCCCCUAAAGGGCCUGGCUCCACCCACGCUCGAGAGAUGUGCAUCAAUUCCGCCAUCUCGAUUGCCAAGAUCCUUGUAUUAUACGAGACCAGAUAUACCCUCCGCCGCAUAAACAUCAAAGCAGUCUCAAUUACCUCCUCCGCCGUGCUCCUACUUCUCUUCGCCGCCGUUUCCCAAUACCAAACCUCAGAAGAAGAGAAUAUCAUAGCUCAUCUGAGUACCUGUGUCAGAGCCCUCGAUGAGUUCUCUCUAUCAUGGCAGAGUGCCAAUCGCGCUAAAGACCUCAUGAUAAAACUACAGCAUAAAUGGGAGGUUCGUACACGUGCUACUAAGCCGGACCGCGGAUCCGAUGCAGCCGGUUAUCCCCCGAGAAAGCGAUCACGAACACUUAAUGGAUCUGACGCCAUAAUUCCAAAUCAUGGAAGGAUUCCGAACACACAGCCUGAGACGCGUGAUUUCCAACUGGAGUCUGGAUUGGGAUGGAUGCUCAUGCUCAGUGGUCAGCUUCCGUCAGAUGGGGAUGAAGAUCUUUAUUCUUUUGUUGCAAAUACAGAUAAUCUAGAAUGA